AUUGCCAUUAGCAUGCAACUGAGCCACCACUUGCCUUGUGCCUCGCCAUGUCGUCGUCCAUGGUGUCCAAGAAUCCGCCUCCGGCGCCGCACGGAGACAGAGACGGCGACGACGGAGACAGAGAAGGCGCUUCCGCCGGUGACGAGCUGCCUGUACCUGCACAGGCCCGGCGCCGGCUCGGGGGCGCUGGACAAGGACGCCAUGCUGCGCUGCAUCCGCCACCGGAGGCGCGCCAACCGCCCCCGGGACACGCUGCGCUCCAUGCUCCAGGCGCCUCCGCCGCCGCCGGAGCCGGACAACAGCGAGCGCCAGCUUUCCUGGCUCGACGACGCCUACUCGACGCCGUAGCUUGAUUAGCUGCUCUUCUCAUGUGCAGAUUUAACAAUUCCA